AUGCCGCUGCUGCACCGAAAGCCUUUCGUGAGGGAGAAGCCCCCCGCGGACCUUCGGCCGGACGAGCGCGUUUUCUACUGCAGGGUCACUAACGAGAUCUUCAGGGACUACGAUGAUUUUUUUGAACGUACCAUUCUGUGCAACAGCCUUGUGUGGAGCUGUGCUGUCACAGGUAAACCAGGACUCACAUAUCAGGAAGCACUAGAAUCGGAGAGAAAAGCCAGACAUAAUCUUCAAAGUUUUCCAGAGGCACUCAUCAUUCCAGUUCUCUACUUGGCCACCCUUACCCAUCGCUCCCGACUUCAUGAGAUCUGUGAUGAAAUCUUUGCUUAUGUCAAGGAUCGGUAUUUUGUUGGUGAAACAGUGGAAGUAGUUAGAAACAAUGGUGCAAGGUUGCAGUGCAAGAUUUUGGAAGUCAUAGCUCCAGCCCAUCACAAUGGAAUGGCAAACGGCCACGCCAGCAGCACUGACGGAGACACAAUUGUCAUCAGCGACAGUGAUGACUCAGAAACACACAAUAGCUCUGCACAAAAUGGGGAGAAGAAAGCCAUAAUUGAUCCUUCUUUGUUCAAAUACAAAGUCCAACCUAUUAAAAAAGAACUAUAUGAAACUGUUAUUGUUAAAGCAUCUCAACUAAGCCGGAGGAAACAUCUCUUUUCUCGUGAUAGACUUAAACUUUUUCUGAAACAACACUGUGAACCACAUGAUGGAGUCAUUAAAACUAAGGCAACAUCAAUUGCAAAAUAUAAUCUAGCAGAACAAAAUUUCUCCUACUUCUUUCCUGAUGACCCACCCACAUUUAUCUUCAGUCCUGCAAGCAGACGGCGAGGGAGACCUCCAAAGAGGGCUUGUCUUGUAAGUAAUAGCAUUUUUAAUUCCAGAUGAAGACACAUCAGCAUAGAGGACGAGAUUACUGUUAAACAAAAUACCCAAGGAAACAAAAGUAAAGUAGCAAGGGAAAAGACAAAGUUCCAGAAGCAAAAAGAAGACACACAGGCCAUGGCUUUUGAAAAAGCUAAAUUAAAACAAGAGAAGGCGAAUGCUAUAGAAGCUAAGAAAAAGGAGAAAGAAGAUAAGGAAAAAAAGAGAGAAGAAUUAAAGAAGAUUGUGGAAGAAGAAAGGAUGAAGAAGAAAGAAGAGAAGGAGAGACUCAAAAUAGAAAAGGAAAAAGAAAGAGAGAAGCUGCGUGAAGAAAAAAGAAAAUAUGUGGAAUACCUGAAACAGUGGAGUAAGCCUAGAGAAGAUAUGGAGUGUGAUGAUCUUAAGGAACUUCCUGUUCCAAUGCCAGUGAAGACAAGACUUCCUCCUGAGAUCUUUGGUGAUGCUCUGAUGGUUUUGGAGUUUUUAUAUGCUUUUGGGGAACUUUUUGAUCUUCAAGAUGAAUUUCCUGAAGGAGUGACUUUAGAAGUUUUAGAGGAAGCUCUUGUAGGAAAUGACACUGAAGGCCCACUGUGUGAAUUGCUGUUUUUCUUCCUGACUGCCAUCUUUCAGGCAAUGGCCGAAGAGGAAGAGGAAGUGGCCAAAGAUCAAAUAGCUGAUGCUGAGACCAAAGAUUUAACAGAGGCUUUGGAUGAAGAUGCAGACCCCACAAAAUCUGCACUGUCUGCAGUUGCAACUUUGGCAGCUGCAUGGCCCCAGUUACAUCAGGGCUGCAAUUUGAAAAACUUGGAUCUUGAUAGCUGCACUCUUUCUGAGAUUCUCAGACUUCAUAUUCUAGCAUCAGGUGCUGAUGUAACAUCAGCCAAUGCAAAAUACCGUUACCAGAAACGAGGAGGGUUUGAUGCUACUGAUGAUGCUUGCAUGGAGCUGAGAUUAAGUAAUCCUGGUCUCUUGAAGAAACUUUCAAGUACCUCAGUGUAUGAUUUGUUACCAGGAGAAAAGAUGAAGAUCCUUCAUGCCCUCUGUGGGAAACUUCUGACUCUCGUCUCCACUCGAGAUUUCAUUGAGGACUCUGUUGAUGUGUUACGGCAGGCAAAACAAGAGUUCAGAGAAUUAAAGGCAGAACAGCAUCGCAAAGAACGAGAGGCAGCAGCAGCAAGGAUACGUAAGAGGAGAGAAGAAAGGUUAAAAGAACAAGAGUUGAAAAUGAAAGAGAAACAAGAAAAGCUGAAGGAAGAAGAGCAAAGAAAUCCUGCUGUAGAAGUUUCUGUUGGGGAGGAGGAACGGGAAGAUCUUGAUACUAGUACAGAGAGCAAAGAAAUUGAACGUAAAGAGCAAGACAUGGACACAGUGACAGAGGAUGAAGAAGAGCUGGGACCAAACAAAAAAAGAGGAAGAGGAAGGAGAGGGCAAAAUGGAUAUAAAGAAUUUACAAGACAAGAAGAGACCACUUGUGGAAAGAGUGAACCUCUUACUGCUGAAGAUGAAGAAGCUUUAAAACAGGAGCAACAAAAGAAAGAGAAUGAACUCUUAGAAAAGAUUCAGAAUGCAACAGCCUGCACAAAUAUCACCCCGCUAGGUCGUGACCGUCUGUACCGACGCUACUGGAUUUUCCCCUCCGUUCCUGGAUUGUUUAUAGAAGAGGACUAUUCUGGUCUCACAGAAGACAUGUUGUUGCCUCGAACCUCUUCUUUUCAGAAUAGUGUACAGUCUUGCACAAGUGAACCUCAGGUAUUCAGUAAAACUGGAGAGUCUUUGAAAUCCUCUGAAUCUACCUCCAAUAUUGACCAAGAUUCACACACCAGUGUUGUCGUAGAGGUGCCAAGGCCAGUAUAUAAACCAAACCGUUGGUGCUUUUACAAUUCUCGGGAACAACUGGACCAACUCCUAGAGGCUCUCAAUUCCCGAGGACACAGGGAGAGUGCCUUAAAAGAAACUCUUUUACAAGAAAAAAGUAGAAUAUAUGAACAACUAAGCAGUUUUCCUGUGGAAAAAUUCCAUAUUCCAGACAAACCUCAAAGUGACAUCAGACUUUCUUCAGGACGGGGAAGGAUGCAGAAUGCCCAUGAUGGAUCUCACAUAUCUGCAGAGAAGCAGCUAGAACUGAGACUUAGAGACUUUCUUUUGGACAUUGAAGAUAGGAUCUACCAAGGAACAUUGGGGGCUAUUAAGGUUACAGACAGACAGUCUUGGAGAGCAGCCUUAGAACAUGGGCGGUAUGAGUUUCUGAAUGAUGAAAACAAAGAAAAUGGCAUAAUUAAAACUGUGAAUGAAGAACCUGAAGAAAUGGAAACUGAUGAUCAAGAUAAGUUUAUUGUGAAAGACAGACUUGUUGGGUUAAAAACUGAAGCUCCAAGUGCUGCAUCAACAAGUACAAGUACUCCUCAGCCAGUUAAUAACGUGGUCCACUACUUGGCAUCCGCACUGCUUCAGAUAGAACAAGGAAUUGAGCGCAGGUUUCUCAAAGCACCUCUUGAUGCCAGUGAUGGUGGACGAUCCUAUAAAACAGUUUUGGAUCGCUGGAGAGAGUCGCUUCUUUCUUCUACCAGCUUAUCCCAAGUCUUCCUUCAUCUGUCUACGUUGGAUCGAAGUGUCAUCUGGUCAAAGUCCAUCCUCAAUGCUCGCUGUAAAGUGUGUCGAAAGAAAGGCGAUGCAGAAAGCAUGGUGCUGUGUGAUGGCUGUGAUCGAGGCUAUCAUACUUACUGUAUCAGGCCCAAACUCAAGGUCAUUCCUGAAGGAGACUGGUUUUGUCCAGAGUGCCGACCAAAACAGCGCUCUAGGCGCCUCUCCUCCAGACAGAGACCUUCUGUGGAAAGUGAUGAAGAGACUGCUGAACGACUAAGAGAAGGGGAAGAAGAGGCAAACUAUGAUGAAAUGGGACAAAGUGAGGAAGAGCACUAUGAAGAAGAACAAGAUGAGGAGGAUGAAUCUCAAGAAGAAGAAGAGAUAAGCCCAUCAAAGCAAGGAAGACCCCAGGUCAAGUUUCCAUUAAAAAUGAGAGCAGCGAAACUCAACAAUCCAUUCUCAAGUCCGAACAGCCAGCGUCAGGCAAGAUAUGCUUCUCGGAGUCAGCAAAACACACCUAAGCAAACUGAAUCUUCAUCUAAAGUGACCAGAAGGGGAUUAAGAAGGGUAAAAUCAGCCCCUACAUCAGUGACAAAGCCUUCUUUAAGACUUAAUAGCCGGACCACUCGUCAGAGCCAAAGUUCAUUACAAGCAGAUGUAUUUGUGGAAUUACUCAGUCCUCGGAGAAGGCGAAGAGGAAGAAAGAGUGCUGAUAACACACUGGAAAACAGCCCUUCCAAUUCUCUCGGAUUUAGAAUUGUUGAUACCGCAGACUCGAAUGAACGGCUUAGGAAGUAUCCAGUUUCUGCUUCAAAGCUUUCUCUUCCUGUUACUGAACCCAAGAGAAGAGGCAGGAAACGACAAUCCACAGAAUCAUCUCCUCAAAUCUCAUCGAACAGGAGAAGUUCAGGACGUCAAGGAGGAGUCCAUGAACUCUCAGCUUUUGAACAGCUCGUAGUGGAACUGGUACGACAUGAUGACAGCUGGCCUUUCAUGAAACUGGUUUCCAAAAUCCAGGUACCAGACUACUAUGAUAUCAUCAAAAAACCUAUUGCCUUAAAUAUAAUCCGUGAAAAAGUGAAUAAAUGUGAAUAUAAGUUAGCCUCGGAAUUCAUUGAAGACAUUGAGCUGAUGUUUUCAAACUGCUUUGAAUACAACCCUCGUAACACAAGUGAAGCAAAAGCUGGAACUAGACUUCAAGCAUUCUUCCACAUUCAGGCUCAAAAGCUUGGACUUCCGAUCACACCUGGUAACGUGGACCACGCCGCUCCCGCGGUGAAGAAGUCGCGAAUCUAACCUCUGCCUUCCAAAGGAUUUUUUGAGGAAAUCUGUUAUGUUCAUUAAAAUGAAAUUUUAAAUCACACAGUCGUCAUACCUGUAUAAAGCAAUAACAACUGUUUAACCACCUUGAAGUGUGGCCUGCACUAUAUUCUCAAUGUAAUAUUAAGCACUCAGGAGAAUGUAGGAAAGAUUACCUUUGCUACAGUUUUAUUCAGUGUCUAAUAAUUUUGAUAGAUGUACUGGAUACAGUACUGGUUUACAGAGGUUUUGUACAUUUUUAAUACAUUCAUGUGUCCAAAUAUCUUCCAGAAGUACAUUGUUUUUUCCUGCACCAAUGACCUUGUUUCAUCCUCUAGAUUUUGUAGGAGCUGUGGUAUUGAGGGCUUUAUCAACUCAGAUAAAAUCUUCUGCUGUAGCACAGUUGAAGAAACUGUGUGUAUGUUUAAAACUUGUUUGAGCUUAUCUUCUCAACACUACACAUGAAUGAGUACAAUUGCAUAUCUUCUAAGUACUGUACCAGUGCUGGCUGGAGGUAUUCAGUCUGAGUUUAUUAAGUAGAUAUUUAUUUAGCAUUCAAAGUAAUUUGUGAAUUUGUUUUGUAUUUAUAAAAUUUGUACUUGGGGAUUAAAAACAAAAAAAAAGGAAAAAAAGAGAGAGUUCCAUAACUUUUUAAAUUUUUUUCAGGUGUGGUUUUUGUUUUUUUUUGUUUAUUCCCCUCUAACUUGAUGAUCAAUCAAUAAAUACCUUCCCCUGUCCUUGGCAGUUCUUCUAGCAAUGAGUAAAU